GCCUAUGGAGCCUCCCGCCCUCGCCGCCGUCCUGGCCUUCUCCGGGCUGGCGCUGAGCUGCUGCCGGGAGCCCGUCCUGUCCGAAUGCUAUACAGCAAAUGGGGCUGACUAUCGUGGCACUCAGAACCAGACCUCCCAAAAUGCAGGGAAACCUUGUCUUUUUUGGAAUGAGACCUUUGAGCAUCCUUAUAAUACUGUGAAAUAUCCCAAUGGGGAGGGAGGGCUUGGAGAGCAUAACUACUGCAGAAACCCCGAUGGGGAUGUCAGCCCAUGGUGCUAUAUUGCAGAACAUGAAGAUGGAAUAUACUGGAAAUACUGUGAGAUUCCAUCCUGCCGAAUGCCAGGAAAUCUGGGCUGUUACAAGGACCACGGGGAGCCACCACCUCUGACUGGCACCAGCGAGACCUCCAAUAAACUCACAAUCCAGACGUGCAUCAGCUCCUGCCGCAGCCAGCAGUUCAAGUUUGCAGGCAUGGAAUCAGGUUAUGCUUGCUUCUGUGGAAAUAAUCCUGACUACUGGAGAUACGGGGAGGCAGCCAGUACGGAAUGCAACAGUGUUUGCUUUGGAGACCACACUCAGCCCUGCGGUGGGGACGGCAGAGUCAUUCUUUUUGACACCCUUAUUGGUGCCUGUGGAGGGAAUUACACUUCUGCUACAGCUGUGAUCUAUUCUCCAGAUUUUCCUGACACAUAUGGCACAGGCAAAGUCUGUUAUUGGACCAUACAAGUUCCAGGAGCAUCUCAAAUCCACUUCACCUUUGUUCUUUUUGAAAUCAAAGAUGCUACAGAUAUGGUGGAAUUGCUGGAUGGUUACACCUACCACGUUCUAGCUCGUUUUAAUGGCAAGAACAAGCCUCCUCACACCUUUAACAUCUCUUUGGAUUUUGUCAUUUUGUACUUUUUCUCAGAUGACAUCAAUCAAGCCCAGGGAUUUGCUAUCAGGUAUAGAGCUGUGAAGGACAAUGUGCAUCAAAACAAGAUCCCAGUGAAUCACACCCUUCCAGAGAGGAUAAAUGAACAAGCAAAUCUCAGCAUCAACGCAGCCCGGUCAUCAAAGAUACUCUAUGUCAUCACAACCAGCCCAAGUCAUCCAACCAGCUCCAUGCCUGAAUGGACAAUAUACAGUCUCACAGCACUGCUCAUCCUAAGUGCUACAGCCAUAAUAGCAAAGAUACUUCUGCAUGUUACCAUGAGGUCCCACCAGAUUCCAGCUGCAGCUGAAACAGAGGAUUGCAGUGAUGUCACUACUGCUGGGGAGAUCUGGAGUAUAUUUUACCAACCAUCCACAUCAAUAUCCAUCUUCAAGAAAAAGCUUCGAAAUCAACAAGAUGAUUGCAACCCACUGGUGGGAAACUGAGGUGUCUUUUAUUUUGCAAGAAUUCAUCUCCUUAGAAUCCAGGUGACUUGAGAUUAAUCUUUUUUUUUUUUCCUCCCAAGCUCAUACCUGUUUUCCAAAAAGUCCAUUUCCAAAGGCUUUUGAGUGACUAUGCCUAUCUGCUGUUCUCUUGGAUAUAGCAGUGACAAUGGAUUUAAUUGCAGCAAUAAUUUUCAAAUACCUGGUGCUCCUCAAGUCUGUAGUGCUGUUAAUUACUGCCUUUAAACCAUUGCACUUAAAAUAGAUGUAAAAACUCGUAAAAUUCAAAAUGUCCUGUACCCCUGCCCAAGGCAACUGAAGGGGUUUUCACAGGUUGAGGAUUUCUUGCCUGUACCACUGUAUUAGAUCAGGCUACUUCAGUCCUUUUAUUCUCAAGGCUGAAGAUAGAGGGGGGUACUGCUAACCUGUUCAGCAAACAGAGCUUAUUUGCCUUGAUGCAAACACAUCUCAAAGGUACUGUACAGCAGAAUGGGAAUCAAAGACUGGAAAAAUUAUCAGCCUGGUUGCUCAGUGCUCUUUCUGCAUGUUCUGUUCCUGUGUCUACAAGCAGAGAUGCAAACAUAAAAAAUCAACUUAAGGAUGCCUCCAUAACAAGAGUCAGCUACAAAUAUGCAUUUGGAUUGACUAGAGCUUGCCAGGUAAAGACCUGCAGGUGCAUUGAAUCCUUUUAAAUUACUUUAUCUGACCCACCAUUCACUGAUGUUUAGGAUAAUUUUGUUCAUGUUCAUAGUGAUCCUUUAAAAAACUACUGUACUCCAGCCUGACAGCCAGCAUUCAUCCUGGGUAUAUCCACUGAAUUUUUAUCAGUGACUAACCAAUUUUUGCUUGAAGUCACAUGUAUUGAUCCCAGCAGCCCAAACUAUUGACAGAGUUGUAGGCUGCUAUCACCAACUCAGCUGGGCCAGGCUGUGCAGCUGAACGUGCACCAAACAGCUGCCUUGACACUCACCUGUGAGGAGAAGUGUCUCCUUGCCUGCAACGCUAAAACUGAGCUGAAUUUUUCAGGUAAUUGCCUUACUUGUCAAAGAACUAAAACAUCAGUAGGGUUCUGAUCUGUGAACUAUUUUCUUUGAUUGCAACAGACAGCAUUUACUAUUUCUCCUCUUUGGUAGAUUGGCUGUCCAUCUACAAUACUCAGAAUUCUCAUCCCACCACCACAAGUGGGAAACAAGUGAUUCCAAGGGAUCAGCAGUGAGUCUUUCAGCCUCAGCAAGUUCAGACCAGCAAGAUAUUUAGGAAAAACUGGCAAUGCAAAUGUCAGAUAAAUUGACUGGAAAGGUUUACAGUGGGCAGCUCCUUAAACUCAGUUAGAGGAGGUUCACUGAGAACCAUGAAACUGCACUAAUUCUGGUUAACUUGGAAUAUAUAACAAUGGUCUGCAUAUACCAGAUGUGAAAUUAGAGAACAUCUAUUAAGUGCAUCUACAAAAGGUAAUUAAGAAAAGUAAGAAAAUUGUCACUGAGUUUGAAUUGAUUCUAGUAUCUGCCCUUAUGUUUUUUAACCUGUAACUCCCUCCUUUUUGUGAGAACUACAGAUUUCACUGAAAAAACAGGGCAUCAAAGAAUUAAGCAGUGAAAUAUUGUACCUUACCACUGUAGGUCUGGUCUUUUACCUGAACUGAAUUCAAUCCAGCUUGAUUUAUGUACCACAGAUGAGUGCUAGAGACAGCUGAACAAUGCAUGCUUAAAAGAAACCAGACUUUACUAAGCCAGCAAUUAUGGAAUUGUUUAUAUAAAAAAUGGAAUAGCAUGGGAACAUCUAGUACUUCCUUGCAUGAGCUGCUGGAAAGAAUACCGGAAAAUAUAAUUACAGUAUUAGCUAAAAUGAAGACAGGACAAGUUGUAAGAAAUAGGCUGGUUCUCUGUUAUGUGUCAUCAUGUUGGACCAAAAACCAUUGUCUGUUUCAGACCCAAGUUCUGAAAUUGCCUUUUUUAAAAGUAAGGUUUUGCAUCAUGCUGUGUGGAGAAAGAGUUCACCUCAGAAAUUCAUGGCAAAACAAAGCAGGUUGGUUCCUGAGAAUCCUUAAUUUGGUGCACUAACAGGAAACCAGGCAGGGAAUCACAGGAGCUGGUAUAAGCACAUAGUGCUUAGCACAAAGUGAUGAAGCUUUGCUUGCCUUAUCAAAUGCAAGUUAAACAUUUUGUCAGAGAGGCAUUCAUAAAGCAGUCACCUAAUGGUGAUAAACUGAAAAAUCAUCAGGAACACCUGGUGACUGAUUUACACCUACUGCAGAACGAAAAAAAUACAGAAUGCUACACUUCUCUUCAUUAGUGAAGAAUUUCACUAUAUUAGAGAAAAUAUCAUAACAAACAGCAACAAAGACUGAUGCUACUAAUGCAAAAAUCUAGAGAAUUCAAGAAGUGAGAUUUUUGCAUUGAUCCCUUAGCUCCUGACAUAUUUUUAAAAUAAAAUUGUAUUUUAUGGGACGUUCAUGGGGAGCAUUAAUCUAAUUUAUAUACAGAAGUCCCAUAAAACCAGCACUUACAGCGGAUUAACUGGUCAUGGCAACAGUAAACAGGACUAGUAUUAGUGCAUGGGUAAUACACUGAUAAAAGCAUAGAAGAAAUCAUGCUUCCCCCCCCAGAAUUUUCCAGAUUGGCUGAUUCUAGAUACUGCUAGUGCUAGCAAACAGAGCAAUGGAUGGCAAUUCAUGGACAGGGUCCCAAAAAUAGCACUUAUUACUUUCCAGGGCUGAGACCAUGAAGAGCAGGUAGAUCUCCAGUGUGGAUUUUUUGCAAAUGUGGUAGGGUCACACACACUGCUAGUGCAGACACUUCAGGCUGUGCUGAUUUAUGGCCGAGAGAUGUGCUAUCCACUAACACAGCAUGUUUUGAUCUUUGCUGUAAGGGUUUGGGGGAGAAAGAAGCAAAAAGAGUGACCAUGCACAAUUGUUGUAAUCCCACAAAAGAAAUGCCCCUACUACACAGCCAGCUGAGAGCUGGCAGCUGGAGAGCAGGGAUGCCUCAGGAUGGUGGUGUCUGCACCCUUUUCUGCAACUAACUGAAAAUAACUGCAGAAGAAUUUGUUUGGAAUUGUAUGUGAGCUGGAGCCUUCUGAGCUCCUGCCCAGCAGUCCCCUCAAGAUGGGGACAGGCUGCAAAUGUGGCACUGGCUAAAUGUCAAAAGCAACUGAUUUGGCAACCAAACCCUGCUGAGGAGCUGCCUCCCCAUGGACAUGGAUUUCAGCUCCUGCUCUGGCCCGCUGCUCACUCUGGUGUUGGUGUUUCCAGCUGUGGAGUGGUGCAAUAAACGAUCAGGUCAACAACUGCUGUGGCUUUUUCUUCCCCGAGUUACUCUGUAGAGAGCUGAGCUCUCUGACCUCGCUCACUGGGUGGCUGCACAGGGAGAUGAGCUGAGAGCUCCCCGAGUGCACAGCUAAGCAGAGAAUAAGCCAUGGGACAAGGCCAGAUGUGUGCCAGGAGCUGGGGCAGUGAGCACUUCUGCUGGGACUGCCACAGCAGCCAGGUGAGCCUGCUGCCUUCACCCUGCACCCCAAAGGGGCCAGCUGGACAAGUGCCUUCCCUCAUUCAAAAUCUACAUUUAAAACUAGUUUAGUUUGUUGACUAUGUGAUUUUAUAUGUAUUUUUUAUCUUAAUAUUGUUAUGUUGUGGGAAAAUAGAGACAUUGUUAUGUAAAAAUGUGUGAUGUGUUAUCAUAGUAAUAUAUAUAUAUUUGUAUAUGUAUAGGAAAUGCAUUAUUUAAUACAGCAUAUUAUGCUUCUAUCUUGCUAACAUUUUAUAGGAAGAAAAGAUGUUAGUUUACACUCUGGGAAAAAUAAAUUUUCUAUACACUGUAACCAUAGGGAAAAAAAAUCAAAGAUACUUCUUUGGUAUAUAUGAUAGAAAGACAUUGGGAAUAGGGGAAUUCAGCCUCAGCUUUGUGACAGAAUAGAUGCUGAUAAAACAACUGCUGUAAGAAAGAAACACUUUUCUCCUUUGAAUCUCAUUUCUAGCCUGUAAUUGUAUUAGGCUGUUCAUAAGAUUCUGCAAAUUCAUUUGCAUAUAUUCUGGAUGAUUUUUACCAUCAAACAUGUAAUCUGCUUUUUCAAUCAAGCAUUAACAUAAUCUUCUUUAGGACUUGUUUCUGCCAGAUUUUCUACAGCCAGGGCAAUGCUGAGGAAGUUUAUCACAUUGCUCCUACAGACAAACCAGUGGGAUUGCAGAAUUAAAGUCUGUUUUUUCCAACCCCCCCGACAAUAGAAUAAAUAGGAGAUUUGUAUGGAUAGCCCUGGAAACUGCACUGAAUCUGCAGCCUGGAUGAUUGCAGGUCAAACACAUCAGCAGACACACGGCUGCCAGUGACUGAGCUUAAGUAGCUAUUCCACUUUCAUCUUCUGCUCAACAAGCCCUCUCAGGCAGUGGGAAGGAACAGAGUUUUCUAGUGCACCACUUUGCCUAAAGGAAGGGUGAACUACAAAAACAAUUCCUGACAAAAACUUGUCCAACUAGUUCUUGCUGCCUUGCAGCAGUAUUUCACCAUCUUCCAAUGAAAUACUGUUCACUGAUAAGUUUCACCUGAAUAUUGUUCUGGACAUUAUGAGCAAUUCUGCUGCCUUGACAGUGAAAAAUACAAUUGCCUUCAGACCAUACCAAAUUUUUUUUUUAAACAACACAUCCCCACUACACACACAUUUCACGCCACUCAGACUCUCUCAAAUUUACUGAGCACCUGUGCUUUGGGAUGAAAUUUGGCAUUGUGAACUUCAGUCUAAAGACAUUUUGCUCCUAAUCCAAAAGCUAUCACGUGAACCACAUAAGGCUGUCAAGAAACCAGAAUAAAUCAAAUUUGAGAAGACUCGCUGCUGAAGUAUGCACUGUGUCUGUAACUGUUCACCCUGCAUUCAGCAAUGAUGUAAAGGUUGUAAAUAAUAAUUAUGAAAAAAUAAAUAUAGCAUAUUUGUGCAGGAGGAGUUCAAUUAGGAUGACUAAAGUGUAUAUAAACUUGAAAUAAAGGAGGCAGAAACUGCUGCAGUUCAUCAGCAGAUUACAAGAGCACUGCCUGCUACCCAUAUUAGAAGAGAGUAAUUAGAGCUGAGAAUGAUUACUUUACAUAUAAAGUAUGAUACUGCUCUGAGACACAGUUUCUGAGGUAACAGCAAAUUGAAAGUUUUCAGCUUACAUGUUUUCAAACUUUUAAAAAUGUAACAACUCUUUCAGGCUUUGCUUUGGAAAAUGCAGCAAUGUGUAAUGCUGUUUCCACUUUCUUGCAAGAUUCAUUUUUUCUCUAAUUAAUUCCUCCUGGCCAAAAUAAUGCUACAUUUUAAGAAACCUUCAGCAACCUUUUAUGUAAACACCAGAAAACCAGUGACAAAUACCAAAACUGCCUCCAGCUUUUCAUGUGAAGACUCGUUUUUCUUUUAGAAAUACAACUGUCAAAGGGGACUGGCCUCCCCUUACACAGGGGAGGUUACUCUGCUCUCCUUUCUUGCCAUUCCAGUUAUGAGACUCUGGCACUUUGGUUCUUUCUGGGAACUGUUCCCUUCUUUUUUCUUGCUUGUUUCCUAAGCAGCAGUUCAAUUCCCCACAAGGGAAAUGUGCUCUUUAUUCUGAAAGAGACACUUUUCUAUGAAGCAUUUCAGUCACAGGAGCACGGUGCUUUCACUGCAAGAUAAAAUAUCUGGUUUCAGGUAUGCUAUUGUCUCCCUGGCCAGAGAAUUAGGCCAAGCUGGCUCCACAGGGUAUGAACAUGGCCAUCCUUUUAAGGGCAUUUUUCUCUUCACACUACCCAAGUAACAACAUUACCUAACAGCUGUCAUAGGAUUUGACAGAUGCACACAAUAUUGCAGAUAGUGUUACAGAAACACCAAGUGUUACAAUAAUGUACAAUCCACUAUGAAUAAUCUGCUCCUGCUUGUCUAUUUUUUUACUGUGUCGAGGUUCUGUGGAGGUUUGUGGUGCCCCACAGGACUCUCAUUUUGUCACAAAUUUGUUCCUUAAGCAUCAAACCUGAAAAGUAAAAUGAACCUCCCCCCCUUGCCAAGUAUCCAAAUGUCCAUUUUGGACAGAAAAUAUUUACUUUUGGUCAUUUUUGAAAAGCCACAACAAGGAGUAAACAGAAUACCACACAGAGCUAAGCACCACACACAAGUUCAGCCAGCAACUCACCGCUGUGUUUCACACAGACAGAACACGGGCUCACUGAUCAUCCUGUGGGACAGUGUCACAGCACAUGGCACAGCCACAAUAGACUCACCAUACAACUUCAGAAGGCUUCAGGCCCCUGCCCAUACAGAGUAACAUCAUAUUACUUCAGAAGUCUGCAAGCAUGUGCCCUUCUUGGUCUUUAGCCCAACCUUUUAUACCCUCAUGUUCAUGCAGUGCACCUGUGUGCCCUCUGUUCCCUUUGGGACUGGUCAGCACACCUGGGCACUCCAUGGCUCGCUGCUGCCAGUGCUGCUCACAGCUGUGCCCACUGGGGGUGAGGCUGGGCUGCAGCCCCAUCCCAAUCACCACAAACUCUGUGCCUACAGGACACUGACGGUGGUGGCAUGUCCUGUUCUUAAAAGCACAAUCAGCUUCAUAAAAAACCAGAACACCAGCAACAGCAAACAGGGGGGUUGAGGGAGGGAGGGAAUAGAAGGGAGAUUCAGAUCUGACCUGUCAACAUAAGAGCUACCAGCCACCCACACACGGGGGUUUUAUGCUAUUUGUAAAAAUACACGUGUUUUGUGAACUAAUUUGCAUAUAAAAGGCAUAUCAGUAAUCACUGCAAUUGCCAAAACUGUUCACUGAGCAAAACAAGGGGCACAUACUUUAACUGGAAGCACCUGCUCCUGUUGUUCCUCCAUUAUUGUGCCUGUCUCCCCACACAGACCAGACUUUUUUCCAUCGUACCUGAGAUCAGGAUGGGAACUGCUGCUUACGCUGUGAAGGGUCCCCUAUAAAAUAAUACCCUUGAACAGUCUGUCAUCCCAAAUGGUGUUACCACAUAUGAAACAAGGAGGGCUGGAGAGAAGUAAGGCUCAUUUCUUGGCUGAAUCCUGAGGUGACUGAAUUACAGUGCAUUUGAACGUGGCUGAGAGAUGGGGAAAGUCCAGGGGAUUACCAGGUGAAAAUCUCUGGGAGAAGAAUCCUGGAAGAGUCUCUGUGAGUGUAUCACUGGAUGGGAAAUGAAUAAUACAGAAGGUGAACUGUUUACACAGCAACAUACAUAAAUACACAUGUACAUACACACAUGGAGCCACACCCCCCCAGGCUCCCCUCUUCUGGAGCCUGCAUAAACAUCUCUGAUGAAAUUGUGCUCCCUGCUGACAAAACAAGUACCAAAGUAUUGAUUUGCAUUAAGCAGCACCAGCGAUUCCACGAUCCAGGGCAAGGACCUGGAUCUAGCUUGACUAUUCAAGCUGUGCCCACCUGUAUCAUGCUCUCUCAAAACAAUUUUAUUUCAGGACAAUAAAUUACUUUUAGCUGAAAUAACAACAGAGUUAAGUUUCCCUGACACGAGGAACAGGCAGGUUCCAAACAUAAAUGAAGAUUUCUUUUAGCAGGUGUGGUACUUCUCAUGUGCCUGGGGGGCUCAGGGGCUUGUGUGACACCUGCCCCCCACUGCUCCCCAAUACCUGGUGUGCUGUGGAAAGGCAUAUACAUAUCCACCUAUCUGCUGUUUAAAAAAAAGGAAAAAAUGUUGUUUAUUAGAGUUCAUCUCAGUAUAUCUAGGACUAUACUUUUGAGAACAGUUACCUAUGUCCUUUUCCCCCAAAACAAGAAGGACAACUCCCACAUGUAUAUGCAAUAAAACUGUAUUUUUUGUGUG